UUUCAGCUUGCCCUUGACUUACUCUUGUGACUUGUUCAAGCACAAUUCAGUUGUCUGCCCUUACUCUUGCUCUUCCACUAGCCCAUCUCCUACUAUCUACUUUUCAAUAUGGCCGAUGCUCCAAAUGUCCGUGUUGUUCCCGGUGCUCUCCCUCCUACGUCACAGGCGAAAACUCAAAAGAAAAAACGUCGAUCACACAAGCCAAAAACUGCAGACUCGCCUGCCGAGGGCUCUGUCAUCAUUCCCGAUGCUACUUCUGCUGCUCUCGUUGACCGGGCACCAGAAGAGGCGGAUGUGAAGGAGGGUACAGUCGCUCCAGAACUUGUUGCACCUUCUGAAGCUCCGACCUUCGACGAUUUCACCCCCAAAUCUAGUCCGGUUGUAGAACUUCUCCAAAAGCGCUUAAAAGCUAUGAACAAGAAGAUGUCCCGCGUAGCGAGUUAUGCAGCAAUGGAGCACGAAAAACUAAACGAUGAUCAAAAGCGAACUCUGAAGACCCUUCCUUUGUUGGAGGCCGUUCACAAAGAACUAGAAGAUGUCAAAAAACUGAUUGAGUCCCACGAAGCUGACCUUGCACGUGAAACGGCAACCAGACGUGCAGAGGCUGAAGCUGCAGAGGCUGUCAGAGUCGCCGACUCUGUUGCUGCUGCCGAGGCAUCGUUAGCUGGCAAAACCUCUGCUAUACUGUCUCUAAUCCGUCUGCAUACAUGUCUCUCAAAUCGCCAGCCUCUUCCCGUUGCUCUUGAUUUUAACGAGGCUGAAGGAGAAGCAAUAUUUUCUGUUUGCUCGACCCUCAUCACUGAGGAGUCUGAACUCAAGCAAAUAGUCUUGUCCGCUCUUCUCUUCGGACAAGGCGACUGCAAUGGUGUUUCUUAUGCAAGGCUACUGGAUAUUGCGCAGUCAUUCCUCAAUCCUCCUCGUGAACCAACACCCUUACCGGCAGAGCCUGAUGCAGCAACGGAAGCUGCCUCCGAGCCUUCAAGUAACUCGCACACUGAAUCUCAACCUAUUGCUGGUAUUCCCACCACCAGCAUUCUGAGUGGCACUGGUAGCUUCCAUUUCAUGCAAGCGAGCGAGCUUGAGACCGCUGACUUUGAGAAUACCGCUGAGUGGGUUGAGAAAUCCGAGAUAGAGCUGACGCAGAAUGGCGUUCUCGAGCACGAAGAACCCACACCUUCAUUUGUGAAAGACGAUGGCACACCCGCGCAACCAAUUGAUUGGGCCGAGGCGGACGAGGAAGGUGGUCUGCCAUCGAUCGCAAAUCUACAAGCGAGUUUUGCUCCUUCAGGAUCAGCCACUCCUGUUGCUGAACCCGUACCUGCACCUACGAAUGGCAUCGAAGUUGUCGCUGCCACUGCCCCGGAGCCUGAGAAUGAUGGCUUCACACAGCCACGAGGUCGUGGACGUGGCAGAGGUUUCCGUGGGGAGGGACGCGGUGGGCGCUACCGUGGGCGGGGUGAAUUUCGCGGUGGCGAUCGAGGGAACUUCCGUGGCAGUUACAGAGGCGGCGAGCGCGGUGGUUACCGUGGUGAACGUGGCGAGCGCGGUGAAAGGGUCGAGCGUGGUGAGCGACCUGAGCGGGUCGAGCGUGGUGAACGGGUCGAGCGUGGUGAACGGGUCGAGCGUGGUGAGCGGCCUGAGCGGGGUGGCCGGUUUGAUGGCGACUGGCGAAGCGACGAAAAUCGUGGACGUGGCAGGGGACGCGGGCGCGGACGUGGAGACAGGGGUGGAUAUCACGAGGCGCGCGGAGCUCCUCCUUCUUGAGAGUAGUUUCUGUGAACACAGGUACUGAAGGUUUCCUAGAUUGCGUCUCGAGCCUGACCACAGUUGCAUGCAUCGCCUAUGGUAUAUGUUUUUGAUGUAUGUGCACCUUACCUUCACAUGAAAUGACAGUCCCAGUUCUUGCUUUUUUCGUUGGAAAGCUUGUCGCGAUAUCAGUGACUCGGAUCUUUAUACUUUGUAUCAAUCGAUCGAAUUGUGAAUACGUGACACUCAGUUAAGCGCUAAGCGCUUUCAA